CGGUAUCUCUCAGUAAUAAACUUCAACCCAAAGAUUCAGCCACCUACAAAGAAAAACAUACCAGCAACAUGGACUUUGAUGAGGAAGUGGAGGUGGAGCUGCCGCACUAUGCCCGGAAGUUUCGGAUGCCCAGUGAUCCGAUCCUGCUGGCCUCAUACGAGCUCUUCAAGCCCUCACGGCAAACCCAGGCUCUGAACAGCGAGCGGCAUCGCGAAAUUUUCGCCGAGGCCUUCAUCGAAGGCGAGCUGGACACGUUGGAAAAUCUUUGCGUCAAGGCCCUGGCCAAGCAGGGUAUCCAAGGCUUUUCCCCGGUUCUUCUGGAGAAACCGACGCUGAUGAGGGUCUUCUUUGACACCCUGGAUGUGGAGCUGCCAUUGCGGGAAUGCUAUUUGAUCGAGGACCAACGCUACUGGCGGCGCGUGGUGCUAGACAAAACUCUUGACAAGACGCUGCACCUGAAGCGCUGGAACGAAUUUGACUGGAAGACGGAGGGCGUGAGCCGGAAGUUUGUGGAGCUGGUGGAGACCUGUCCGGUGAACGUGGUGCCAGAGCAGAAGCUUGCCGCCUUGGCGCAAAAGGUUUGGGAGCAUGUGAGCUCCAUACACGUCCGCAGGCUGCAGCCGCUGGCCGAUACCGUGUUUCAGAAAUACUUUGAAAGCGAUCCCGACCAGGACAUAACCUCUUCCUCCUCGGAAGAGGAGGAGAUCUCCAGCGACGAGCCCGAUACAGACAUGGGUGAGGAGGAGGGCGAGGAGGAGGAGGAGUCCCGUAAGUCCGAAGUCGCCAUUCAAUUUUGGCACACGGCUGACAGCGAGCCAGAAAUCAAUGACCGACGAAAUGCGCGACAUCAGCGCAACGCCGUCAGGCAGCAGGCUCGCAGUGUGCUGGAAAGGAAGCGAGCGGAACACAUGGAACGCAAGGAGAGGCUUCGGGAGAAGCGGGAGGCCAGGAAGGUCGUGGAAGUCAAGAAGAAAAAGAAGAAGAAGAAGGAAAAGCCCAUUGGGGAUGUGUUCAGUAUACCAGUGGCCCCGGAACCCUCGGACGAUGAGGACACGAAGCCCGAUCAGCGCAACAAGCUGCUUUUACUGCACCGGAUCAAGCGCUACGACUAUCCUGCAGAACACUGCAAGCACAUCGACCUAUCCAUAAUUCGCCAUUUAAGGAAUCUGGUCUCGCUCACAUUGGAGUUCCUGGGGCCGGAUAAUGUCAAGGACUUUCACAGCCGCUACCUAAAGUUCUCGGAUAGUGAUAUUGUCCGCCUGGGCAAGGGACUCCGUGAAUUGCCAUACCUGAAAACCUUUAAGCUAAGAAACGGGCGAAUGGACCCCACGAAAUUGCGAAUUUUGGCCCGCACCCUUAAGGCCAUGGACUCCCUGGAGGAGGUAGACUUUGGCUACAACCAAAUGCCGGACGAGUGCUGCGAUGCGCUGGUCUAUCUGCUACAGCGGCCCAGGAUGUACCGCAUCCUCCAGCUGGAGUACAAUCGUUUGGGCUCCAAAACGGCCGUAAUGCUGGGCAAAGCCUUCAUCGAGGCACAGGAAGGAGUGCUGGAGUACUUGGGCCUUGCCUACAACCCUUUUAACGAAUCGGCCAUUGAGUCGCUAGUGACGGGUCUGGUCGGCACCCCGCAUGUGCUGGCCCUGAACAUAUCCGGGCUGGAAAACACAAAGGGUGCACUGGGUCGUGGGAUCGGGAGGCUGCUACGCAAUCACGAGCCGCUAAUAAGCCUGGAAAUAGCCGCCAACAACAUCGGAGUUUCUCAGGGAGAUAGCAUCCUGAAGUGUCUAGAGAAGAAUCAGAAGAUCUUGUAUAUGGACUGCCGCGAGUGUGACCUGUCCCAGGUUCAGGAGUUCGAGGUGGACAUGAUUGUGCGACGCAACAACUACAUACACGAAAACAUGCAUCACGGAGAGAAACUGUGCGAUGUGAUCAAGGAGCGGCGGCAUCCGAUAGUCCAGCGGAUUGAGGACGACUAUGAACGACUCAGGGAGUGCCAGAAGGUGAGACCCAAGUUCUCGAGCUCCAGCGUAGAAAGCAUUCCGGAGGUGGUCGAGGAAAAGGAUGAGGAGGAAAGGGACAUUUGGGCAAUUCUGGGACUCAAAAACCAGACAGCUAAAGUGGAAGAACCAGAGUCUCCAAAGGACUCCAGCUCAGAAUCGCAAGUGAUUAAAGAGCCGUUCGUCUAUGAGCCCAACAAUUUCGAUCUGGAGGAGUUCCGCAAGUCUGUCUUCAUGCCAGGUCCUGGAAAUCGUUUUUUCUACCUGCAGCACAACAAACUGCCAUAAAUUCCAUACGUUUCCAGCUCAAAUAUUCACCACAAAUAUUCAGCACAAAUAUUCAGAUAACAUUGUACCCUUAGUAUGUUAUUGCAGUAUUAAACGGUUCACUCGGCCGGCA